AAAGACGAAAGAGCUUAACUUCUGAUGAUAAACGAAAAGCUCAAUCGACUAGAGGAGGGCUCCAAACGUCCGUCCUACACAAAUGAAAAGACAGAUAGCUACUCUGGCCCCAUCGACCCUUCUUUUACGUCAGGAAGGGAUGACAGUGUUGUAGAAUUUGAACCCUUGAAACGUGGCCUAGAUGCUAGACACAUCCAGAUGAUUUCUCUUGGAGGUGCUAUUGGUACAGGUUUAUUCUUGAAUUCUGGACAAAACAUUGCAGCGGCUGGACCUGCUGGGGCCCUUAUUGCUUAUUGUGUAGUCGGAUUCAUGGUUUUUUGUAUCAUGACAUGUCUAGGAGAAAUGGCCACAUUCUUACCAGCAGUAUCUGGAUCCUUUAAUCAUUACGCUAGCCGAUUUGUGGAUCCGGCACUGGGAUUUGCACUGGGAUGGAACUAUUGGUUUUCGGGUGUAACAAUUGCUACUGAGCUUUCUGCAUCCGCCACAAUUAUUAACUGGUGGAAACCAAUUAUGCCUGAUGCUGCCUGGUCAGUUAUCUUUCUUGUAAUGAUUGUUGCUAUUAACCUGGUCGGUGUAAGAGUUUAUGGCGAACUUGAAUAUUGGUUUGCCUUGUUAAAGAUCUUGAUUGUAUUUGUGUUUGUUAUCAUUGCUAUAUGUGUGACAUCUGGCGGUCUCGGUGAUAAAGUCAUUGGCUUCUCGUACUGGAAGGAUCCUGGAGCCUUUGUCGAUGGUGGAGUCGGAACCAUUUCCGUCCUGUUGUCGGCUGGUUUCUCUUUCCUCGGAACUGAAAUCGUUGGUGUCACUGCUGCUGAGGCUAAGAAUCCUUCAAAGACUGUCCCAAAAGCUAUUCGCAACACUUUCUGGCGUAUCAUUUUCUUCUACAUCGUCACUAUCUUCCUUCUUGGUCUCUGUAUUCCCAACAACGAUCCCAACCUUAUUAACGAUGCCGACGACCCCGCCACUGCUUCAUUUACUCUGGUUUUUAUUCUCGGUGGUAUUGAUGCAGGUGCUCAUGUUAUUAACGCCAUUGUCCUGUCAAGUGUGCUCUCUGCUGCAAACUCUUCUCUAUACACCUGUGCUCGUACACUCAUGGCUCUUGCCCGUGACGGCCAUGCACCUUUGUUCCUUGCUCGCACGAACAGAUAUGGCGCUCCCCAUUAUGCUGUCUUUAUAUCUUCUAUCAUUGGAUUUGCAUGUGUCUUUGCAUCAAUCUACAGUGCCUCGGCCGCAUUUCUCUGGUUCUUGAGUAUCACUGCUGUUACUGGUUUCAUCGGCUGGUGCGGUAUCUCCUUUGUACAGCUCCGUUUCAGAAUGGCUUAUGUCAAGCAAGGCCGUGAUAUUGCAGACCUUCCUUACCGUUGCUGGUUAUAUCCUUUCUCUCCAAUCUUCUCGGGCGUUCUCUGUCUCUUAAUUAUCCUAGGCCAAGGCUACACUGCAUUCACGCCCAAGUUUGAUGGCACUCAGUUUGUCAUUAAUUACAUCGGAAUCCUUCCUGUCAUUUUCUGUUAUGUAAUUUACAAGUUUAUCCGAAAAACCAAAGUUGUACCUUUGGAUGAAGUUGAUUUUGACACUGGACGCGUUGAUCGCACAGAGGAAGAUGACGAAGAAGAACAAAAAGAAGGUGCCAAACCCUGGUACCUAAAAAUCAUGCAUUUCUUUGCAUAAAGGGCAUAUAUGUAUAUGUAGUUUCUCUAUGCAUUUCAUUUUAUUACUUCUAUAUUAGCUAUCAAUAUUUCCACAUUCAUCAAAACCACGAGAGUGUAUUUUUUAUUUUUUUUUAUUUUCCAUCAUAAUUUAUUCCUUAUUGUAUUGCCAGAGAAAAUAUGGCUUAUAUCACUUCAAUAUAUAUAUGUUGUAUACAUC